AUGUCCAUCCUCAACACCUCUGAAGUGGAAAUCUCUUCCUUCUUCUUGAUUGGGAUUCCUGGGAUGAAGCCUGACCACAUUUGGAUUUCCAUCCCCAUAUGCCUCAUGUACUUUGUGGCCAUCCUGGGGAACUGCACUAUCCUCUUUUACAUCAGAACAGAGCCUUCUCUGCAUGAACCCAUGUACUGUUUUCUCUCCAUGCUUGCUCUUUCUGACCUAGGAUUAUCCCUCUCCUCUCUUCCUACCAUGCUGAGGAUUUUCUUGUUCAAUGCCCCAGAAAUUUCUCCUGAUGCCUGUAUUGCCCAAGAGUUCUUCAUUCAUAACUUGUCAGCUAUGGAAUCAUCUGUGCUUCUCAUUAUGUCCUUUGAUCGCUUUAUUGCCAUCUGCAACCCCCUAAGAUACACCUCUAUCCUUACCAAUGCCAGAAUCACCAAAUUAGGGCUUGUUUUUUCUCUCAAAAAUAUUUUGUUGAUCCUCCCUUUCCCUUUCACUCUAAAACAGCUAAGAUACUGUAAGAAGAAUCUCCUGUCCCACUCCUACUGCCUCCACCAGGAUGUCAUGAAGCUGGCCUGCUCUGACAACAGGGUCAAUGUCAUCUAUGGCUUAUUUGUGGCUCUUACAGGCAUCCUUGACUUAACAUUUAUUUUCAUGUCUUACAUGCUGAUACUGAAAACAGUACUGAGCAUAGCAACCCAGAGGGAAAGACUCAAGGUCCUCAGUACAUGUGUUUCCCACAUCUGUGCUGUGCUCAUCUUCUAUGUCCCCAUUAUCUCCCUAGCUGUCAUCUACAGGUUUGCAAAACACAGUUCCUCAAUCCUUAGAAUCCUCAUGGCAGAUGUUUUCCUGCUGGUGCCUCCACUGAUGAACCCCAUUGUAUACUGUGUGAAAAGCCAGCAGAUAAGAAGUCUGGUCCUAGGGAAGCUAUGUCAGAAGCAAAGAUGA